AUGACCCAAGAUACCAAACCAUUCAUCCCAUCACUCUCCCCAGAGGAUGAUCUCGACCUCCCUCCACCAUCAUACGACACUGGAUUAGCGGCUUCGUCCUCCUCUUCUUCUCGACCCGAUGCCGGGUCAUCCAACUCUCGGCCGGUCGAAGAGAGGACUAUCCCUCAACACUUGUUUCACCUUUUCAGUGGACCACCAAAUGGGGAACCUCCGAUAGGAAGGGAUGGUGUUCCUCCUGAGCAGAUUCAGAGGAUUGCAUGGGGUCAGAAGGGUCAUGAUAUAGAAUCUUGGGAUCCCAAAUUGGCUGAUCCCGAGGUUAUGUACGACUUCAUCAGAGCGCAAGCCAUGGUCCCACCAACGAUAAAGAUCAGAUGUCGAGGUCGGCAUAUGGAGACAUUGGAAAGAGAUCAAACCGUCAUUGAGAAUGGUAUUGAAACAAGUAAGAAAAGAGGAGAGUCCUAUUAUGUGACGGAUUUCGAUUUCACCAUCAACUUGUCAGGUAUUGUCAAUCAUCGAACAAACAAUAACCACAUUCACUUGCGAACAGUCGAAUCUGAUAGAGCGGCUUAUAGAGGGACUCAUACAACACGCUACGGCGCUUCUUUCGCCCCUGAUCACGGUACUAGAUCGUUCUCUCAAGGUGGCUAUCGAUCAUUGAACACUGAAAUGGAAUACGGUGUGACAGAUGUGGGAAGACAACCUACUUCGGCAGAGCAAAGCGACGUUGACGCAUGGAAUGUGUACAGAGCCAAAAAAGGAAUACCAGGUUGGGUCAACAUGCAAAACGUUGCUGAAUUUUGGGAUACAAGGAUCAGAUCUAAGUUACUUAGUCACGCGGAUGUGGAGAGUGCCAGAACUGUUAGAGAUCACGAUAACAGACCAAGUCUGAAAGAAUGGUGUAAAGUGUAUUGCAGAGAUAAGGGAAUCUUCAAGGAGUUCUGGGUACACAAAGGUGUAUAUGGCUGGGAGAUGGAAAGUGUCCAAACGGCGAUACGCACUGCGAUCCUCUCAACAGGAUAUCAAUCGAAUUACCUUACAGUCACGACCGAUAUUACUCCGCUAGCAAUAGUCAUUCGACCGAACAAUAUCUUGAGUAGAGCCGUAAACAAUGGAUUUAUCUACUUCUUGUCCUGGAUUACGCUGAUCUGGCCACUGAUCUGGAUAUUCAAGAGGGUUUUCCCUAGAUUCCUAGGUGCUCCAUGGAACGUAGCUUAUGUGAAUUACGCAUUGAAAUGUUACCCUCCACUUCCCUCUACAUACCCCGCCGAAACGAUCCUCCAAGCUCAAGAUCGUUUAGCGGCCCUGUACAAGCUGCAUCCUGAGUUACCUGAGAAUCCGACUUUGCAAUAUGGGCCCAAGGGUGUACAUUACUUGUUAGGAAGGAAGGAAGGUGAAUGGUUCAGAGAGUGGGAAGAAAGAAUCAGGAUGGGCGUGAGAAUGAAAUUUAGAGGCCAGCUUGAGGGUGGCCAACAGGGAGAACAAAACGCUGGACAAGGAUUGGAUGGAUACUAG